CAUUGACAAGCCAGACAGAUAUCACGCUGCUUGACAUCCUUCGUUCCGAGAGCAGGCGGUGGGAAACGUUGAUGUGUAGUGGGCUCAGGGAAGAGGAAUGUCUCAGUUGUAACUUUGACACACCACAGUUGAGAACCUUGAGAUGUGCCUGGUCAGAUGUAGCCAGAUUCAAUGCACCCAAUCUCCAUCGACUACAUAUCGUCCAAUGGUUUCCUGACAUCUGCCCUAUUCCUACCUGCAAAAAUUUACGCCAUCUUCGUCUCUUAAGCGCUUCCCCUCAAACCAUACGCUCCAAUUUGAUGGCUUUUCCUGUCCUGGAAACUAUUGCGGUACAUCGACUUUUGUAUUCUCGCGGUAGAAGUUAUUCGUUCAUGCACUCUUGCCUCGAAUCGAUGACUCUCCCCCUUUCCCUGGAUGCUGCUCGUCCGCACUUGUUUAUCGAAAUAUUCGAUGAAGUUCAUCUGCCCAAGUUGCAAAAAUUGAUUUUGGUGGGGCGCCUAAAGAAAUCGCAUGUCGACCUUGUUACGGACGCGCUGGCAGUUACUUCUUGCAAUGUGCAAGUGGUGGAUUUUCGUACGAACACACCGCAGGACGAAGUUGUGGAUAUUGUUGAGUCGUUGCUCUCAGUUGUGAGGGAGGUUUCUCUCCAUGGGAAAGUGCUCUGCUGUCGUGCCCCGCGCAAUUAGCCAUGCAUUUUCUACCACUCAAAAACACCAUCGAACCAGUUGGGACACAAUGUACAAUUGGAACCUGGGAGGAAAGGAAUGAAGAUACUCAAACGGUAUUCACUUUCUAUAAUACAGACUUGUUUGACACGCAAGUUUCAACG